AGCUAGCCGGUACUCCCCAAAAAUUGUGUGAUAACUAGCACGAUAUUGUUGCCAAACAUUCUAGCUGACAUUUGAGAUAUUCUAGAUACUUCAUAGCUAAGGGACUCUAGCACCAUCAGCAGUCAUGCUUCACACUUUUGCAGCCAGGAAUUAAGACACACCUGUUUCCUGUAAUUCAGCGUCAUUUGGUUCAGGGCAACAAAUCUAGUAAUAUCAGUUUGUACCACUGUAUCAGGGGAGGCUGAUGGUAGGAGCUAUAGGAGGACGCGCUCAUUGUAAUGGCUGGAAUGGAACGGAGUCAAAUGUGGUUUCCAUAUGUUUGAUACUGUUCGAUUCCAUUCCAGAAAUUACUCCUAUAGCUCCUCCCACCAGUCUGCACUGUAUAAACCCAGCUACUGUACAUGUUGAUAAGGUGUUACCACAGUCAGCCAUCGCGUUUGAACAUUUACUGUACUGUAACUGUACUCUUUACUGCAGGAAAGCGAGAGGCCGAGCGCUCCGUCAACUGGACAGUGGAAGAGACCCAGGUGUUGCUGUGUGCCUGGAGUGACGAGCGAGUGCAGAAGAGCCUGGCAGAGAAUGUCCGGAACCGCCACGUCUUCAAACACCUCUCAGCCCGCAUGUGUGACUUGGGCUUCUCCCGCAGCCCUCACCAGUGCCGGCUCCGCGUCAAGACCCUCAAGGCCAACUAUGUCAGAGCCAAGCUGCUGAUGAGCGUGGAUGACUCCCAGCCCUGCAGUUUCAGGUACUACUCUGAGAUGGAUGCUGUGCUGGGGAGAAAUCGCGCUAUGGAAGGGACUGGAGGAGGGUGCCAUUUUGGAUCUCCUGAAGGCAUAGGAGGAUUAUUAGGAGGGUGUCAUUUUGGGUCUGAAUUGAUCGCAGAAACAGGGCGCUAUUUGGGAUCUGAAGGGAUUGGAGGACGCCAUUUUGGAUCUCCUGCGGGGACAGCAGGACGGCAGUCACGGUAUAUGGUGUCUGAGAUGAAGGUGGAGGAGGAGGACAGGGAGGCAGACGACACCGACGACUACGAGUUCAACAGUGUAGGAAUCACCACUCGGUCACUGGUUGGCCCGGGUGGAAGACGCCAUGAUGCUUUUCUAGAGCACAGCAACGACUAUCAUGAACCUGCUGUUCAUCCAUUGGAGGAUGACCGCAGCUCCAGGUCAACACCGCCACCACCCCAGCCUGCUUCCCAUUUCUCUCCACCCCCAGACCAUAGCCCCAACCUGGGCAGAGGUAUCACCAUUCCCUCCACCCAGCCCCUAGAGCCUGUGUUGAAGCACCUGGCAGACUGCUUCCAGAGGCUGGUCUCAGAGUCCCGGGGUCUGAUGGUACAGCUGGAGGGCCAGAGGCAGGAGCAGGCUCGCUGGCAGCAGGACUUGCUCUCUCAGUGGCUGGAGAGGGAGGAGACGAGGCAGCGGGAGACGGCGGACAGGGAGGACCGGAGGGAGAAGGCCCGUAUGGCGCAUGAGAUUAGGGUACUGACGCUCCUCAGUGGCCUGGCCCAGAACCAGCAUAGACAGAAGCAGACACAACAUCACAGCUGCAGCUGUUGCCACCAGUGUAGCAGGGUGGAGGCGGUAGGUGAGGCUGCUGCCGGGGCCUCGACCAUCACCAGACAUGAUGAUGGAACUGAGGACAGAGACUGGACGGACUCAGAGGCCUUAUAGAAGAAAGGGUGGGAUACAGACCUGGGAUACAGACCUGGGAUACAGACCUGGGAUACAGACCUGGGAUACAGACCUGGGUCAUCUUAAGUUCAGGGGUGUGUAAUCUGCUCAUAUACUAGGGCUGUGUUUUUGACCCCAGGUCUGGUGGGGGGGGUAAGCACUCCAUGCCUUUCAGAAUGUAUGUUGACCUCUUGUUGGAGUGUAGAGCCUACAUUAAAUACAUCUGUUUUUGUUAAUUGUUUUAUUAACCAUAAAAUGGUUUAACCUUGACGUUACGGGUUCAGUGGUCUCAGUGAAGCAACUGAAAUUCUGUAUUAUUCUCUCAACCUUUUUUUACAAUCUACUUUAUUGUCAACUUCACCGAUAAACUGUAUUGGUGUUCACAUGGUUCUCUUGUAAGGAUACUCUCAUCUGUUCUGUUCACUUUGCUGACAGGUUUGCUCCUGUGCUUCAUUCCAUUUUGGUUUCGUUUGACACCUAAUGAACACACCCCAAGUAUGUAUGAGUGUUCCUGUUGAAAAGGUGUGAAUGUCUGUCAGCCUUCUCAGACUCUGUUUUUAGGAAGUCACCAUCAUCAUCAUCAUCAUCGUCAUCGUCAGGGCUACUGCAGCGUCUCUCAUGGCCAAUAGACGUGUUGACGGCUAGUUGAAUAGGCAGGUGGUCUGAGAGGAGGUUAGCUAUUUACCACAGAGCUGCCCAACCAGGAGGUGUGAAGAACGAAACGUUGGAGGGUUGAGUUGAGGUCAAUUCACUAUCAACUCAGUCACUACGGGAACUGAAUUGAAAUUGCAAGAGAUUUGACUGAUGACUGAUGUUAUUUUUUUUUACUGAGGGUUUUUCCUAUUUGUCCUGAAUUAAUAUUAAAAAGUGCCACUUCA